AUGGUUCGUGUUUCCGUUCUUGCCGAUUGUCUCAAGUCCAUUGUCAAUGCCGAAAAGGCCGGCAAGCGCCAGGUUCUUAUCCGUCCUUCUUCAAAGGUUAUUGUCAAGUUCCUUUGUGUGAUGCAGAAGCACGGUUACAUUGGCGAGUUUGAAAUUGUUGACGAUCAUCGUUCCAACAAGAUCGUUGUCCAGCUUCUUGGCCGUAUUAACAAGUGCGGUGUUAUUUCUCCUCGCUUCAAUGUCAAGCAAAAGGAUAUUGAGACCUGGAUCAACAACCUUCUUCCAUCCCGUCAGUUUGGUUUCAUUGUUUUGACUACAUCUGUUGGUAUCAUGGACCAUGAGGAGGCUCGUCGCAAGAAGACUGGUGGCAAGAUUCUAGGUUUCUUUUACUGA